AGUGUCACUCAUUCCUUUUCAUCAAAUCCUAAGUUUCUCUUUUUUUUAAACUCUUUCACUCUUAUUUUAUCUUUUGUGUUUUCGCGAGGUGUCCCAACAGGCUCAGUCGUUGUCGUUCCCUGCUGCUGUGUGUACCGCACCUUUCUCGCUUCUUCUUUUUACCAUUAUUUUCUCUCUCUCUCUCUCCACCCCCUCCCACUUCUCGUUCCCCUUUAGCUGUUUUUUCUCUCCCUGUUCUCCUCCUCGCAACGCCGUGUUCGCCGAGACCAGGAAGGCUCAAGAAUGAUUCAGAUUUUCAUCCUGAUUGCCGUGGCGGUCGGCAUCCUCUUCGCCUACCUGUACACCAAGAAGGCCAAGGUCGCGCUCGACCCCGCGACGUUCAAGGAGUUCCAGCUGAUCAAGAAGACGGAGGUGAGCCACGACACCCACAUCUUCCGCUUCGCCCUCGACAGCCCCGAGCAGACGCUGGGCCUGCCGAUCGGUCAGCACAUCGUGCUCCGGGCGAACUGCACGACGGCCGGCAAGACCGAGACGGUCACCCAUUCCUACACGCCCAUCUCCAGCGACGACGACAAGGGGCACGUCGACUUCAUGAUUAAGGUGUACUUCGCCAACGUCAACCCCCGCUUUCCACACGGAGGGCGGCUGUCGCAGCACCUGUACGGUAUGAAGAUCGGCGAUAAGAUGCAGAUGCGCGGUCCGCAGGGCAAGUUCACCUACGUCGGCAACGGCACUGCGCACCUGCACAAGCCCGGGCACGGCCCGACCACGGAGACGGUGGACGCCUAUGCGGCCAUCGCCGGUGGCACGGGCAUCACCCCUAUUCUCCAAAUCAUUCGCGCCAUCAAGAAGAACAAGGAGGACCGCACGAAGGUGUUUCUCGUGUAUGGCAACCAGACCGAGAGCGAUAUCCUGCUGCGCAAGGAGCUCGACGAGGACAUGAAGGACGAUGACCGUUUCCAUGUGUGGUACACGGUGGAUCGCGAGGCGAGCCCGGGGUGGCGCUAUGACAAGGGCUACGUGUCGGAGGAGAUGUUCCGCAAACACCUGCCGGUGCCUGACAAGUUUGGCGACGCCUCCGUCCCGCAGAACGCCGGGUUGAAGCGGGUGAUGGCGCUCAUGUGCGGCCCCCCGCCGAUGGUGACGAUGGCCAUCAAGCCGAAUCUGGAGAAGCUUGGUUACACGGCGGAAACCAUGUUCAGCUUCUAA